AGCGGAGGGAGACUGCAGGCAGCCGCUGCUCUGAAGAUGGCCCACCGCUUCCACAGGCCCGCGAGCCGCCGUGGAAGGUGAUAACGUUCAUCCCAUUCGGUCUGCACUCUGAAUUCUCGAGGAAAGCAGGGAAGCUUAUUUCCGCUUGACGGAGGAGGGCAGGGAGGCUCCCCGGGGCUAAGUUCACGCGGCCAGCCCGUCAAGCAGCCCGCCGCAAAGCCCGCCUUCCUUCCACCCCGCCAGGCUACCUCCUCUCGCCUCCGGAGCGUCCGUGGGGACCACUGGGCUGGAGUUAGAGCCCACCUGGAGUUUCAGAAACUCUCAGUGUGUCUGCCUGGACGAUUUGUCACAAGGAACAAUGCUGCCCCGCUGGGAACUGUCUUUUUACCUGUUUGCUUCACUAGGCUUCCACUUAUAUUCUUUCUAUGAAGUUUACAAAGCUUCUAGAGAACAUGAAGAGGAGCUGGAUCGACAGUUUGCCCUGGAGAUUGGCACUUUAUUUGGAGGAUUAAAGAAGGACCCGACCGACUUUGAGUGGAGCUUCUGGAUGGAAUGGGGCAAACAGCGGCUGGUGCAGUUUCUGUUUGGUCACAUGGCUGUGUCUCAGCUGGCCAACAUGCUUGCAAGGAAGCACAGACCCUGGAUCCUGGGGGCUUAUGGAAUAUGGGCCUCCUGGUGUGUGCUGGGGGCCCAUGGCACCGCCAUUAUUUUUCUCCACACCCUCAUCUCCUUCUGUGUAGCCCAGUUCCAGUCGCUGGUCCUCACAUGGCUCUGUUCUCUCCUCCUGCUCUCCACACUGAGGCUGCAAGAUGUGGAGGAAGUUAAGAGAGGCUGGUACCAGACAGAAAACGAGUACUACUUGCUGCAGUUCACGCUGACUGUGCGCUGCCUAUCCUACACCAGCUUCAGCCUGGAGUUCUGCUGGCAGGAGAUGCCCACCAGGAGCAGCUUCUACUCCUUUCCCUGGCUGGUGGCCUAUGUCUUCUAUUACCCUGUCUUCCACAAUGGGCCCAUCCUGAGCUUCCCGGAGUUCAUCGCAAAGAUGCAGCGGCAAGAGGACUGCUCGCUGAAGUCCAACCUUUCUGCCUUUGCCGUGGGGCUGGGUCGCCUCCUCUGCUAUUGGUGGCUGGCUGAGCUGAUGGUUCACCUCAUGUACAUGCACGCUAUCUACGGCAGUGCCUCCCUCCUGAGGGCUGUCUCUUGUUGGACCUUAGGAGGACUGGCGUUGGCCCACGUGCUCUUUUUCUAUCUGAAGUACUUGGUGCUCUUCGGUGUCCCAGCUCUACUCAUGCGCCUGGAUGGACUCACGCCGCCGCCCCUCCCUCGCUGUGUGAGCACCAUGUUCAGUUUCACUGGCAUGUGGAGGUAUUUUGAUGUUGGACUGCAUGAUUUCUUAAUCAGGUAUGUGUACAUUCCAGUAGGCGGGUCCCAGCAUGGCCUUCUGGGGACACUGUUUUCCACCGCAGUGACGUUUGCGUUUGUGAGCUUCUGGCAUGGUGGCUAUGACUACCUCUGGUGUUGGGCGGCCCUCAACUGGCUGGGAGUCAGCGUGGAGAACGCAGUCCAGAGGCUUGUGCAGACCCCGUGCGUCCAGGACAGUGUGGUCCAGUUCCUCUCCCCGCAAGCCCGCCGCCGAUUCCACGCCGCUCUGGCGUCCUGUUCCACCUCCAUGCUGAUCCUGUCCAACCUAGUGUUUCUCGGGGGCAGUCAAGUGGGGAAGAUCUACUGGAACAGGAUCUUCAUACAAGGCUGGCCAUAUGUGACCCUCUCUGUCCUGGGAUUCCUCUACUGCUACUCCCACGUGGGCAUCGCCUGGGCCCAGACAUACUCAGUGGACUAAUGCCGCCCGGCCGGCACCAGCCCUUCCUGCUGGCCUCCAAGGCAAAUGGUGCUUCACCCUGACCUCGCACACCAAGAUGACCUCCAAGGAACCAGUGCUUCAUCUGCCCAUCUUUUGUUGAAGUUACCUCACUCCAAGACUGGAAGCUUGAGCUCUCAUAGAAAAUUGACAACCAGUGAGGCUUCUAACUUUGGGGACCCAGAGCUCAUCUCCCCCAGCCCCAUCAUUUUCCUGUUGAGUAAGCAGGGGUCCACAGCAGUAUUAUCUUGCCCAGCUGCACAUGGUGACAUUGUGGUCUAGAACCCAGUCCCAGGGGCCCUUCAGGUUCUUUCUACUUUACCAAGAAUUAAAUGCAAUAGACAUCAAUUGGAGCAUAGAAGUCCUGAUUAGUGAUAAGGCCUGUCCUCCACUGGCCGUAUUUCUGAAAUAUUUUGCUAACAUCUAAGUGACCUCUUCCCCAUGUCCUGCAGUGUGGUCUCUAGAACCAGCACUGAGGUCUGAGCUUCCCACUUCAGCUCCGUAGCAGGGAGGAGACAAAGCCACAGUCAAGUUUCUCAUUGCCCAGUCAAAGAAGACACGACCUGUCCUAUAGUGUUCCAAGGGGCCAGUACCUAAGGAGAUCUGUUAUUGGAACACCGUCACUGUGAUCGACAUUUGGAUGCUUGUUCCCUAGAUUUGCAGAGAAGUAUAAACAUGGCAGUUCCUCUACCAGACAGUUAAUCUUCGUUUCUCAAUGAAGAAGCAGAAUUAAGGAACCAUGAGCUAGCGCGUCCACAGACAGGUGCUAUCAGGCAAGUGACAAAGGGUAGGGAUGGUUUCCUGGGGUCUUUUCUCCUCUCCACACAAGGAAGCCCCCAGCUUCCUGCUCACUGGUGUACACUCAGUGGUUUACAUUGUUUUGUUUUGUUUCAAAUAAAAUGGAGCCUUUUCUGUCA